AUGGGCAGUGAUCAUUACUGCUUGAGGUGGAACAAUCAUCAAUCCAACCUUCUCGGGGUGUUUGCCCAAUUGCUGCAGGACGAGAGUCUGGUGGACGUGACGCUCGCGUGCUCCGACGGUGCCACCAUCCGAGCCCACAAGGUUGUCCUCUCGGCCUGCUCCUCGUACUUCCAGUCGCUGUUUCACGACUUCCCGGCCCGGCACCCGAUCGUCAUCCUGAAGGACGUCCACCUGGCCGAGCUGCGCUCGUUGGUCGACUUCAUGUACAAAGGGGAGGUAAAUGUUGAGUACUGUCAGCUUUCGCCACUGCUAAAAACGGCCAAAUCGCUCAAGGUCAAGGGUUUGACGGAGAUGACCAACCAGAGCAGUCCGCUGACGGAGACGAGGCUAGAUCCCGAACGGCUGAGAGCACACAGCAGCAGCAGCAGCAGCGGAAGCGCAAGUCAUGGGCACGUGGGUGGCAGCGGCACCGGUGCCGGUGCUACAGCGGCCCUCACCGCCACCACCACCGAAACCAUGCUCCUGCCGACCAACCUGUCGAGGAGUUCACCAACUACGACGACGACGGCGGCUGCGAGUGCUACUACGGCCACCGCUACGACGGCCGCAGCACAGACAGCGACGUCAAGUUCGGCGGCGACGGCGACGACCAUGACAACAGCCGCCACUACUAUGACCGCCACCACCAGCAGCAGCAGCAGCAGCGGGCGUCUAACCGUGAGCAACAGCAGUUCCUCCUCUUCUUCGUAUACCACCACGACGACGGUCAACACCUCCACUACCAGCAGUAGUCGCAGCCAGCACUACAACAGUUCUAGUGGCGGCAGCGGUGGCGUUACCGACCUCUCGACCGCGCUCAGUAAGAGCCGCCUACAGGAGGAAGAGGACGACGAGUCGCUCCAGACACCGCACACCGCGUCGGCUAUCGGUAGUAGUUCCCCGUUCACCUCGAUUGCGGCCCUGGCCAGCAUCAUCACCAGCCCGCAGUCACGGCUAAUACGACGAACCUCUCCAACGACGCAACAACGACACCGGCUAGUGAUACAGAGUCCUCCGCCUGCACCUGGUGGCUCCGGCGGCGGUUCCGGCGGCGGCGGUAGUAUUCUACCGUCCCAGCUGGCCGUAGCAGUCAUCAGUAGCGGCGGCUCUACUGCUGCCCUGGACGACGCAGAGCUCGUCUCUCGGAACGAUGCGCCGCCGGUGGACGAAGAGAACGUGGACGAAGACCCGAGUGGUGGCCGUCAUCAUCGACGUAGCGGCGGCCGAUCGAAGGAGUUGGAGCUGGUCGGUCCCAUUACUACGACCCCGGCGCAGCUCCCUAGCGGAGAUGAGGAAGCCAGCAGUCGCCAUCACCAACACCACCAACAGACGGCAUCACCCCGUAGUCGAAGCAAUAAUCUCGGUCUGGUGAUAGAGGGAGAUGCCCGGCACUACGAGAGGCCACCGGAACGUUUGCUGCGCCUACCGGACGAUGGGUACGACGACGAUGACGGUGGUGGUGGCGGCGGCGUCAAGGAUGAGACAGUCCCGGCGGCGAAGGUGGCCGAUGGGAUCGCUACGGCGGCGGCGGCGACGGCGGCUGAGACCACCGCUGCUGUCGACCAGCGGCUCCCGACUGACGCCGAUGAGGACGACGGCGAGGAGCGUCAUCAACGACACCACCCCAGCCACCACCAUCAUCAGCCUCAGCCCCAGCAGCGGCUUCUGCUGCGAAAUGUGAUCGAGGACGAUGAUGAUCAGGAAGACGACGAUCGGGAGGAGGCAGAGGAACACCACGAAAGGCCGGCGGCGGCGGGAGAGGAGGACGAUGAGGAUGAGGACGAGAGUGAUGAUGUGGCCACCGCCGGCCACCUCUUGGCGGCGGCGGCGGUAGUGGCUGUGGCCGCCCAUGCUGACGCGCAUCACGAGCCGCCACCACCACCCCCGGUCGACGGGGAGGUGGUGGAGGGCGAAGAGGAGGAGGACUGCGGGGAGGAUGUUGACGAUGAUGACGAUGAACCGCUGGAUGAGGAUGAAGAUAACGAUGAGCCGCACGAUCUGCACAUCGGUAGCACCGCCGCUACGACCACCAGCAGCGGCAGCAGCAGCAGUAUCCUUGGCUCGAGCCGUCACCUACUGCACCUACCACACCACCACAACCACCAUCACCAGCAGCAGCAGCAACAUUUGGUGGCCACCGUGGCUCAUAGCAGCGAUCUGAUGGCCACGAAGCUGCUUCGUACGGCUGAGCACCACCAUCAGCACCAUCAUCGGCCCCAGCAGCGACGUCGGCGCUCGUCCGACGACGAGCAUGACGCGCAUCACCAUCAGCACGGAGGCAACAAACCCGGCAAUAAUAAUAACAACAACAACAACAACAACAACAACAGUAGUAGCUUCAGUAACAACUCCGAGGACGAAUACGAGCCGCCGGUGAAGAUCAAGAGCGAAGUUGACUUUUCGGCGUUUUCGGGCCUCAACAUGACGCUGAAUGCGGCCGCUGCUGCGGCGGCUGCGGCGGCCGCUGCCGCAGCCAACACGACGGCACCCGGAAGCAGCCUUUCGGCGACGCUGAAUGCGGCGGCUGCCGCUGCCGCCGCCGCAGCCGCCACCCGAAGCAGCAACGCGUCGCGGCGUGUCUGUGAGCAGACGGCGGCCGCGGCGGCUGCAGCAGCCGCCGCCCUGGCCGUCUUCAACGCUAGCGGUCUUCAGGGCAGCCCGCUGACCACCGAACCAAUCGCUGGACCGUCCGGUAUCAUGGGACCGGUGCAGCAGGUACCUCUGUCGCUGAAGAAGGAGAUCGAUUGGGACCGGGGCGACGACAAGUCGUCCGGCGAGAGCUCGCUGGACUUUCGCCACCCGCACCACGACUCGAACCUGGGCAGCUUUCUGCUGGGCUCGACGGGCGGCUACCCGCGGUCGGGCAUGAAGUCGGCCCCACCGUCGACCGGCAUCAUCGGAUUCCCGGGUGGAGCCGCACUCGGUGCGAUCCCGUUCGUCUUUCCGUUCGCGCCCCUCGGACUCGGACUGUUCGAAACGGACCCGCAGCGGCUGCUCGCGAUGCUCCAGCACCAGUCGGCCCUGGCGGAGGAGGCCCUCCGCUACCGGAGCCUGCUGCUCGACGGCCCUGCGACUUCCGGUUCCGGCGGUGGUGUUGCCGCCGGUUUGCCGUCGACUGCGGAAGACUGCAAGCAGGACCACUCGCUCGAGCUGAACCACCAUCAGCACCACCACCACCACCACCAGCACCAGCACCAGCACCGACCGACGGUGAAUCGGGCAUCGACUGCCACGGGACUUCCGGCGACGAUCAUUCGCGUCCGGGACGGGCUCACCAAGGAGGCCUUCCGGAGCCGGAUGGCCGAUGAGGAACUGCUGCUACAGAAGCCCCCCGCAAACCUGACGGCAGCGGCUUCGGUUAGCGGGACCACUGAGUACGGUUCGCCACGGUCGUUUCCUGCGAUCGCCGGCGCCGCCGUCGAGAAGGUCCCAGCACCGUCACCGGCAACGCCGACGCUGCUGGCGGAUCCGGACAACACCAAGUGUCACAUCUGCAUGGCGAACUUCCCUUCCGCGUGGCUACUCGAGCAGCAUUCGGCCCUGCAGCACCCGCACCUCACGAUCCACGACGACAAGCCGUACCACUGCGGGCUGUGCGGGCAGCGGAGCCGCUACGCCUGCUGCCGCUACCGCACCGUGCUGUCGGGUAAGCCUGGCCAGCGCUCGGAGCUCGGUGGCGGCGCCGGCGUGGAUGGUGGUGGGGCAGGGUUGGCCGGCGGCCGGAGCCGGGUGCCGGCGGACAAGCUGUUCACGUGUGACGUAUGCGGCAUGCAGUUCCGAUAUCUGAAGUCGUUCAAGAAGCAUCGCCUCAACCACGCCCUCGAACGGCUCCACGGCAAGAAGGGUACGGUCGGACCGGCGGUGCCCGGUGGCUGUGGGCUUGCGUCCAGUCCCCGUCCCAGCCAUGGGCCCGACAGUGAACCGGCCGUGUCCAGCACGAACCCGGAGGUUCCGGACGGUUCCGCCAUCGCCGUCGCCGAUCUACGCGGUCUGCUCGAGGGCGCAAGGGUGGGUGGUGGCCGGGGAGCUAGCGAGGAGCAGGACGAUACGGUGUCGGACUCGGUACCGGUCACGACGACCGCCGGACCGGUGGACGACACCCAGCCCAAGAUCACCAGCAGCAGCAGCAGCAGCAGCGAAGGUAGCGGCAGUGACAGCAGCAGCGACAGCAACAGUCCCACCAACACCACCAGCACCAGCACCAGCACCAACAGCACCACUACCAGCACCAUGGUCAAUCACCAGCUGGUGCCGUCCGUCGGCUGUCAGGGAUACUCCAGCAACGCCAGCGGAAGCGGAAGCGGAAGCACCACGGGAUCGGCUCUGCCCGCCCAGCUGAAGCGCGUUCCUCCUCAUCCGCACGAGCAUCAGCACUCCAUAGGCCUGAGCGUUCGCUCGAUGGAGGCAGAGUCCAGCAGCGCACAGCACCAUCAACAGCAGCACCAUCAACAGCAGCACCAUCAACAGCACCAUCACCAGCAACAGCAGCAGCAGGAGUCACUCAGCCACACGCUAAACAGUCUGAUCAACGCUGAAACCAUACCGCACCACCGGCUGCUGGGGCUGGACCCGCAGGAGGCCUCCAUACUGAACUUUCUGCGCGUGGACGCGGCCGAGAAGCAGCGCGACCGGCGCUUCGCCUGCCCAUUCUGUGGCAAGUGCGUGCGCUCGAAGGAGAACCUGAAGCUGCACGUCCGCAAGCACACUGGCGAGCGGCCGUUCGUCUGUCUGUUCUGUGGGCGCGCCUUCGGCGGCAAGUCCGACCUGACGCGCCACCUGCGCAUCCACACCGGCGAGCGACCGUACCACUGCGAGGCGUGCGGCAAGUGCUUCGCCCGGGCCGACUACCUGUCGAAGCACCUGACCACGCACGUCCACCAGAUGUCACCGCGCCCGUGA